GUGGGGAAUGUUCGCAGAAUCUGCGCACAUCGUGGCAUUGGCUGAAUGGACCCACGCGGGAGUUGGACAAUCGGAUUCAAUCGAGAGCUCGCGCACAACAAGUGGAUUUUGUUCUGGAGAUUCCUCGCGGCGGAGCCAUCUCCAAUCUCUUGUCUGGCGCAAGCUUUCCGAUUCGGAUUGCGGCAUGGCGGCGUGCGGGCGGGAAGGCUGAAGUGAAGAAGGGCAAGCCUAAGGGUUUUGGAGGUUUUGAGGCGUAGAGCAGAGACAUAAAUUUGCAGAAGGAUUUGGCCCGGAAGAUAUGUUCGUAACUGUUACCGUAAUCAGUGUACACGUCUGAGAAGAGAUGCAAGUGAGCAGCAAUUGUGUUUUGGGUUGUACAACGGGAAGAAUGGCACAAGUCGGUGCAAGAGCUCUGGGGAGGGGCUUGAUAAAGCAAUGGCAUCGAGACGUUUGUGUGAAGAUGGCGAGUACUGCUUUAAUUUUUUCUGCACUCCAGCCAGUUCGUCCUGCGUUGCACUUACCCUUGAGGCAGCAAGUGGUGUCGGGACGGGUUUCAAGAGGAAAUUGUUCCAGCUUGCUCCUUUUGAGGCAAUGUGCAUCGACUGAACCUUCGUAUGGAGCAGCCAACCCGGUACUUUUGGAAACCAGAGAGUGUGCAGAUGGAAGUAUCAUGUACAAGUUCGGGAGCCCUGAACAAAAAGAGGCUAUGUUAACCGCGAAUGAGCACCUGGAUUCCAAAGACGCUGAUGGACGUGAAGAACUGGACAAUAAUCCACUAAAUAAUUCUUUUUCUGCAGACGCUGAGCAGCUACAGAAUCCACCUGGCCACCAUGAGGAGGCGGUUGUAUCGGCUUCUUCAACUUCACAGCUUGACGCUGUUGUAGAACAGGAUUCACCAACAUCGGACACAAAUUGUGGUGAAAUCGAACAGCAGUUUGUUGACCUCGAAUUGGGAGAACAGCAGGUGGAUCCAGUGAAAAAUAAGGAUUCCAGCCGUAAGGAGGUUACAGUAGAUAAUCUUGACCUAAAAACGAGUCCUCAAACCAUCAGCGAAGAACCCACUCAGGUCAAGGGUGACGAAACGAAAGAUUUGACAAGUUGUCGCUUCAGCUCAGGAGCUGCCAUGAUUCCACAUCCGGAGAAGGCUGCACGUGGUGGUGAAGAUGCAUACUUUAUUGAAGGCAGCCAAUGGAUAGGAGUUGCAGACGGGGUUGGGGGCUGGGCCCUUGAAGGUAUAAAUGCAGGACACUAUGCACGAGAGCUCAUGUGGCACUGUGCGGAGCUUGCUCGACAAAGUGAUAAGGAAUCUGAUCCAAAAACUCUGCUCGUGAAGAGCUUUUCCAGAACAAAGGCCAUGGGAUCAACAACUGCUGUAGUAGCUUCCAUCAGUGGCCAGACUCUUACCGUGGUUAAUAUGGGAGACACUGGCUUUCUGGUAGUAAGGGAUGGCGAAGCAGUUGCUCGCUCGACACCAAUGCAACGGGGUUUUAAUUUCCCGUACCAAAUUGGAAGCGUGGGCGAUGAUCCAUUCCUAGCAGAGGUGUAUCGGGUACCUGUUGAGAAAGGAGAUGUUAUCAUUCUGGGGUCUGACGGUUUGUUUGACAACCUUUUCGAGAAUCAGAUUGUUGAGAUUGUAGACAAACUUCUGCAAUUAAAAUCUGAACCCGAAACUGUGGCUAAGGAGCUGGCUAAUAUUGCACACAAAGUCGGAGCAACUCAGGAAGGAAUGAGUCCUUUCGCUAAGGAAGCGCAGGCCGUCGGCUACUCGUAUAGUGGCGGGAAGAUGGACGACAUAACCGCUGUCGUAUCUUUUGUAUCAUAACACACUCAACCUUAGAUACGAGUGAGUCGUUUUACAACGGUUUACAUUUGUAAAAUUAACAUUUUCGUGCUGCGGACCAUAGGGUCAUUUGUCUCCCGUGGUCGGCCGCUCCUAGAGUCUUUUGAUCCUGGCUUCUCGUAAUCUGCCACCCAGUUUAGGACGUUAGUCUCAGCUUUAACAGAAGCAGCCACCGCAAUUGACGCGACGAAUUGAUUCUGCAGUCCUGCCUGUAACCGUUUCAUUGCAUACUUGGCUAGGUUUUUCCAGUGACCAACGACGAGGUAGUUUCACUGACUUUUAAGAAAGCUUUUCAGUGUAGUGAAUGUUUAGCGCACUGAUGUCACUUCGCAGCAUAUUUUGGCAGAGUAAGCUACGGUAGUCAGAUCUGUACAAUCUAGCGGUUUCUCCUGCAUUGCGAACGUAUGAGCAUGCGCUGUACUUUCGAAGAUUAUUUCGGUACAUGAGGACAAGUUAGGACUCCUAGUGCACUAACCACCUCCUUAGUGUAUGGCAAGACGUCAAUACCACCGAGGAAACAUUCUUCUUCCACUGUGACUAGAUGCUGAUGGGAACAUAUCAGGGAAGGUCACAGCACACAAGCUUUGACCCCACACACUUCUUAUCAA